CAUAGUAGAGUGCGUAAUUUCUCUCCGCUCCUAGCGUAAGUAGACCAGUCCAUGUUUUUGCAAAGCCUCUCUCCAUCCAACCUCAGCCUCAAAGCCCUGAAAAUACCCAGUAGCCUACCAAAAGGCAUCCAGAACCAGAGGAGGAGCAGAGAUAUUCACUGAGAAACCUCCAUCCCCGUGCGAUCUCCUCUAACGGGAGAACUGAAGCGAUGGCGGGUUGCGCGGAGGAUUUGUGGAUUUUUGCUUGACACGCGCCAGAAUCUUCUGCUGGAUUAGUUGUUUGGUUUAUUUAUGGGGGAUUUUCAUUUACCUGCUGAAAAAUGCCUUUUGCCAAACGGAUCGUUGAGCCCCAGCUGCUGGUUAGACAUCCCAUCCCUAAUGAUGAAGGGUUACUGUUCGAGGAUCUGUGCUCCAUCACCAAUGUGGCUCUAUCCCGGACCCUGCGGCAGCUCUCCGACCUGUCCAAACACGCUUGCUCCUUAUUUCAGGAGCUUGAGAACGAAAUAGUGUCCACAAACCAACGGGUUUGGGCUUUGCAGAACAAAAUAGGCAAAAUUCAGCAAACCGCCAGUGCGCUGGAUCCAAAAAUGGAGGCUGUGCGUUUCAGGAGCAUCUCUAUAGCGGUCUCGAAUCUGGACAUUGAGAGUAAACUGACGUCGCACUAUCAGGCUCCAUGGCAUCAGCAACACAAUCUGUUCCACACUUGCACACGGCCAGCGUGUCUGGAGGAGCUGCACCGACAUGCCAAGCUCAACCUGCGGGCGCUGCACAGAGACCAGCAGCAGCGUCAGCGUUCAACCAGCAGAGAGCGCAGUCGGGUCACUAUAUCAAUAUCUGUGGCACCGCCAAUGCCAACCUUCCCUUCAACUCACAAACUCAGACGGCGAGAGCAGAGAGGUCGACAUUCACGCAUGGAGAGGAGCGUUAGAGAGAGUGAUGUGCAAACUAUCCAGAGGAAGGAGAGACCAGCCAAGGAUUCUGAAUUCAAACCUGUCCUCAGAAAGUAUCAGCGCUCCCGCUCCCCCUCCCCUGUUCAGUGUUGUUACUUCAUUCCCUGGAUUAGAAAGGCUGGAACCAACACAGAAACGGAUGGAGAACUACAAGUGAUGAGCCAUAGGCCUAAAUGUCCUGUUCCCAAUGCACCUACCACCCUGGACAAACAGACUAACUGGUCUAAAGCCCUGCCUCUUCCCACUCCAGAAGAAAGAAUAAAGAAUGACUCUCAAGUGAUUUCAUCCUGUAUCAUUCCAAUAAAUGUUUCGGGUGUUGGAUUUGACAGAGAAGCCAGUGCUCGCUGCUCUCUUGUUCACUCGCAAUCGGUUCUACAGAGACGGCGGAAACUCAGGAGGCGAAAAACGAUCACUGGGAUCCCCAAACGAGUUCAACAAGACAUGGAUUCUGACGAAUCCCCUGUUGCUAGAGAAAGAACAGUGAUAAUCCACGCCAAUCCACACAAGUCCCACGAGUGGCAUGAGGAGCUCUCCUUGAGUGGCAGAGUAUUGCAUACUAAGGAUUCGGGCUGUCAGACAGAUGACUUCUUGAUUACUGCUCCAUCCCGAAGACGCAUCCGUGCCCAAAGAGGUCAGGGAAUUCCAGCGUCUCUCUCUCACUCCACUGGAAACAUUACCUCCCUCCCGGAUCGUUCUGAUACGGUUUAUGCUGCAGCAUCAGCCACUCGUGUCCGUUCUAGGAGCCUUCCACGUGAGGGUGGUCGGCUUCUGGAUGAGGACCAAGAUGACAGUGAUGAUGAUGAUGAUGAAGAUGAUGAUGAAGAUGAUGAAGAGGAAGAUGAGGAGCUCUCUCCAUAUGAAGCCGAAGACUUCCUGCCAGGUCCCGGACAGAGAAUUCCAAAGGAUGAGGAAGAGAGUACUGACGACCAAGCCAUGCCAGAGCUACAGUUUGGAAGUCUUAAGCGUAUGCAGCAUUCAGAGAGCCCUGACCACACAUGGAUUGAGAGAGGCAGAUCCAGACUCCCACGGAAAGUAGACAUGGGGAGCUGUGAGAUUUCCUCUAGUUCAGAUACUUUCAGCAGCCCCAUACACUCUGCAUCCACUACAGGAGUGCUUGGCAGCCAGAUUGACCAUAAAGAGGAUCACCAGUCCUCAAGUGGCAACUGGAGUGGAAGCAGCUCCACUUGCCCAUCGCAGACAUCCGAGACUCUUCCACCUGCUGCCUCCCCUCCCUUGACGGGAUCCUCACACUGUGAUUCAGAACUUUCCCUGAAUACUGGGUCCCAUGUCAUAGAUGACAACACUGGUUUCAUAAUUGAUCCCUAUCACAUAGACAAGCCACAGGGACAGGGGCAACGAUCCAAUUCAUUUACCUCAUCAGCUACUGAUCAGAUGGAUGAUGCAGGGGUCAGCACUGCUAGUGAUGGGGAGUGGAACUGUGCCCAGGACCAGCAGGAUCAGUCCUGCACCCAAGACUUCAGCCCAAAGCGUUCCAGAGAGGAUGAGAGUGGUGUCAGCUGCCCUAGUUAUUCUAGUGGGGAAACUUACGAGAGCUUCAGUGACCAAGCAUCCGCUAGAAAAUCUGAGAUGCACUACAUUGUCGACACUGAAGGAUUCUAUUCCUCCAUGCACUUUGACUCUGGUCUUAAGGGUAGCAGAAGCUACUACAACUAUGCAGCCAUUGACCCCGACUGUGGCCCAAGUGGUAAUAUAGCACCUGGCAUGACUGAAUACCCUCAGCCAGAGUACAGAGCCACCAGGACACUGGGCAGACCCUGUCUCUCCUUAAGAAAACCAAAGGCCAAGCCACCCCCACCAAAACGUAGCUCUUCAUUAAAGGAAACAAGCAGUGAUGUGAACGUUCCAGAGCAGAACGAACCAAAGAUUACUUGUGAGUUGCCACUGCCCUUGUCUUCCAGGGAGAUGAAACUGCAGCUGGACUUGGCUGAUUCUGCAGGGCACCUUGAGACUGCAGGUCUUGAAUCACUUGGUGCAUGGGGAGUGGAAAAUGUUAGGGACAUGCUUGACUGCUCCUCCCCAUUCAGUUCCUCAGACACACAUUCCUUCAAAGAUGAAGGUGCUGUGCAAGCAGACUAUGCAGACCUCUGGCUUCACAAUGACUUGAAAUCAAAUGAUCCUUAUCGGUCCCUCUCUAACUCUAGCUCUGCUACAGGUACAACUGUUAUUGAAUGCAUCAAGUCACCAGAAAGAUCAGAAACGCACACCUGUCAACCCAGGUCCAGACCUUCUUCCCCAACUCUUCCUCCACCUGAAAGUGAAUUUAAGCUUGCUUCUCCCGAAAAGCUGGCAGGCUUGGCGUCCCCUUCCAGUGGAUAUUCCAGUCAGUCUGAAACACCUACAUCUUCCUUCCCCUCUGCUUUCUUCCCAGGGCCCCUGUCUCCAACCAGUGGGAAGAGGAAGCCCAAAGUCCCUGAAAGGAAGUCCUCACUUUGUUCCUUACAGCAGCAACAGCUUUCAGUCAGAGACCCAGGCAUUUCCUGUAGGAGAGAAACUGACUUCUAUGCCAUACCCCCAAGUCACCUUGACCUAAGUGCUCUUCACAGUAAGCACUUUCCUCACAGAAAUCAAAUGCACAUCCUCCACCAGAAUAAGCAGAAAGCUGCCAUAGCAGCAGCUGCUGCAGCAGAAGCUCGCAGUGCAGCAGCUGCUGCAGCAGAAGCUCGCAGUGCAGCAGCUGCUGCAGCAGAAGCUCGCAGUGCAGCAACUGCAGCCGCUGCUGCCGAGGCCUGCACUGCAGCUACAGCUUCUACUAAAGAGAGUGCAACAAAUACAGCACCCAUCUCAGCCCAUUUGGCUAUUACUCCAACGGUUCUUAGAUCAGUGCAACUGCGAUCUAUAUGUAGACCAUCUGAUGGCAACCAAGGGCUUGAUCAAGACAGUUCAAAUCUCAUAACUCGUCCUAAGUGUCCCACAAUAAUAACUGAUGCCCCAUCAUCUAGCAACAGGCACAACAGGAAGCCACCAGCCUACAAACCCCCUGCUGCACAGGUUUGUGAUUCACAGAUUCCACUGGUGGAAAACAUUGUUUUUCCACAAGAAGAAGUGAGAGUGAGACAGGAGAGGUUUGGUCCUGGUACUUACUGGGCAAUGACUGCUUUCAGAACUCCUGUGGACCCUAAUUGUGAAAAAGAAGUCUCUUUAAAAAGGUCAUCUCAGUGUUUUCAGCAAGAACAAGACAGCAGAAGGUGCCUAGAUGUGCAAAAGACAUUGUCACCAGAGAGACUAAAACAAGAUUUGAAUCAACUAUCGCGGCCAGACCCUUCAACACAGUCCAUGUGUUUGGCCAGCACAAUGCCACCCCCUGCUUAUAGUGAGAUACAGAGGAGCAAUUUUGUACUGUGCAACAGUCCUGACAAAGUGCCUGUUUCAACUCAAGAGGCAUCGCAUUCUUACACAAUCAGCGAUGUACAAGGCAGAGAGGAGGAUUAUGAGACAUCAGGUGUCGCAACCAGAAGUGCCUCACAGGACAUAAGGGAAGAAGAGUCAACCCCAGAUACAGAGGACUAUUUCAGUAAAGACUCUACUCCCAGUGAUAAUUCAUCCUCUCCUUUGACCGAUGACUCCAGACUUGAUGAUGAUGUUUUCCCAUCUCCCAAUAAACUCCGCACAACUGAAGAUCUUUUUGCUAUGAUACACAGAUCUAAAAGGAAAGUGCUGGGACGCAAAGAUUCAGGGGAAGUCAGUGGAAAAGGUCGGCCUGUUGUACCACCUGUGACCACCCCUGUAAGCAAUCCUACUGUAUGCCCGGUCAUCCCUGCUCCCCCAGUUCCUUCAAACAACUCCCAGCGAGCCUCAGGACCCAUCUACAGGAGUGCCAAAAAGUCUAGUACAUCCAGUGAGGAGUUCAAACUCCUUCUGCUUAAGAAGGGUAGUCGCACAGACUCAAGUUAUCGCAUGUCUGCUACAGAGAUCCUUAAGAGCCCCAUCACACCCAAGACUCAAGCAGAGCUGCUGUUAGAGGCCAUGAGGCAACCAGAGGAGAUCCCCUUACCCCAACUGGAUUCCACCAGCAGUGGAGAUCCACUUCCAAGUCCAUUCCCUAAGGCCAACAGUGAGGGAUUCUCCCCAAAAACACUCACCAUGUCAGCUGCCUCCAGACAAGGACGUUCUAGAAUUCCACCUGCAGCGAACAGCAGUCGCUAUAGCACGCGGAGUCGGCUGUACACUGCCCCAAUGCAGGCCAUAUCAGAAGGAGAGACUGAGAACUCGGAUGGAAGUCCACACGAUGACCGCUCCUCCUAGUGGUAUAAUCAUUUUUUAACCACUUAGCAAAAUGAUAAAUCUUUUUAUAAUAUGAAAACACUGAAAACUGUAUGAGAGUGCUGUACACAUGUUAUGAUCUACCUUUUCUCCCAUGCCAUUGAUUUCCUUAAGCUCCUUUUAUACUCUGUGGGUCAACUGAAAAUUUGGGCUUAAAUUACUGAAUGAUGUAUUGAUCAUCAAGGAAUGUUUUUAUUUUUAUCAUAGUCCCACACUUUUAUUCUCAGAAAAUUAUUUACUUGUCAUUCUUUGAAAAGGUGUUGAAAUGUUUUUUAAUAUAAAAGAAAUCAGUUCUUUUCCAUCAUACAUCACAAAUUUUCAUAACCAUGUCGAUGUUAAACUUUUCCGAGGACAAUCGCACCAUGGCCUUUCUUAGCAGGAUGUGCAAGGGGAAGGACUUCUGAGACAAAGAAAGCCAGAUAUGUUAUGAACAUAAUGGACUGGUUUGCAAAACCAUUGAUUCCUUUGCACUUAAAUUGGUUACCUUGAAAUAUACAACCUGGAUGUACUGUUAAAAAAAACAAGGAAAGCAAACAGAAAUAAUCCAGUUUUAGUUUAGAGUAAUGGAGCCUCUGUGGUGUGUGAGAGACUCUUCUUGCUGUUUGAAUCUUUGACAAACAGCACUCCAACAACCCUUUUACCCACGUACGACCUUUUCUUCAAAGACCCAAAUUGGGUUGUGUAAUUUUGUCACAUGUUUUCAGGUGUCAUCAUGUAUAAUUACUUAGCCAACCAACAUGGAAGAUUUUUAUGACCGCAGAAGAAACGAGGACUUUGGAGAAAAUUCACCUCAGUCUCCAUGUAUUCUGUGAAUACCUUUAAAAUCAAACAUACUGUUCCCUUCUACCGUUCACAGAUUCACUUUUAAAGUGAACCACUUCAGAGUUGGAGGUUUUCUCCGAGUUCAAAACUCAUAGGAAUUAGCUAGAUUUGUCAAGCCUACACUGUGCCACUGAAGGGAAGGUGACAAGCUGUGAAAAGAUUGAUUUUAUUUUAUUUUUUGAGUCAUCCGUCUCUGAUGAACGCUUUUUCACUGUGGUCGUCAUUUAGUUUCUUCAUCCUCUGUGUAGCAUGCAAUAAAACACUAGAACACGUCACAUGAUCUCCACCUAAAACGUGUUUCCACCUUCACUUGAAUUUGUUGAGUAUGUGCUAUGUUCAGUAAAUGUGUAAAAUGUAUAAGGUUUGCAGUUUUACAUCACUGUAUACACAGUUUGAGCUUUUUUUCCCUUAAGUGGAGGAAAUGGACAAUCUAAUCGAAUGAAGCACUAUUUGUGUAUAGUUGAGUUUUGAGAGAACGGAGUGCGGAAAAAGUGAUGAUAGAAUUAUAUUUAGAGAUUAAUGUAAAGCGAGUACUGGUUUAUAUCUGAAUCUCUGGGAUAUGGAUGAGAUGACUGCGAAGGGCCUGCAGUUUAAAGUUCAUUGCUCAUCUGUAUAUACAUGGAUGAUUGACUUAUGAUAUUUUUUUCUGGACUGUUGUUGGUUUGUCAUGUACUGUCACGUCUAAGAGGUUUGAGAAGUUGAUUCUUUUUAUUGUUUUAUACCAGUAGAGAAACCUUCCAGAAUAUUCUGAGACACUAACAGAACUAACAGAUAUUUUCUCAUAAAAUAGGAGCUGCAAUGUGCCACGUCUUAUUUCUCCUUUAAUACAACCCUGUGUGAAGGUUGUCGCAAUUAGCUUUGCUUUAUAAUUACAGACUUUUGGAAGUACAGACUACUUUUUCCCUCGUGUCCAUAUGCUAGAAUUAAAUCUAUGAAAUCUUCUUUUAGAUUGCAACGUUUAAUAGAAAAAAAAUAUUUUUAAUUAUGGGAUAUUUUAUCCAGAGACUUAUUUUGUUAAUAAAUUUGGGAAAGAAUAACGAUAAAGCUUUAUUUAAAUAAAAUAAGAAAACAUAUUUCAUAUCAGGGGUGUAUCAGCCGAUGAUGAAGAUACCGAACUUGUAAACAUUUCUAAUUAGCUGUAAACUUGCAUUCUGAACAAAUAAGCUAUACUAUAUGUUAUACAACUGUAGUUAAACAUUUUGGUGCUUUGAAUUCUUAUACCCAGGCCAUAAUCUGUCAUUGUUGCCAUCUUGGAGAAAGAAAAAAAAAGUCAUUUGAAAUCAUCGGUUUUCUUCUCAUAUUUUUCACUCUGUGGUUAUGGUGCAAAAGCAGUCAUGAAAACAACACUCGUGACAACUCGAAAAUCCAGAUAUGUAGCAAUGAAUAUGUCUUUUGCUUUAUUUUCAUAACACACAAAAGUAGCCACAUUUGCAGUACCAACCUAGUUCCAUGUAGUGAAGCUUACCAGUCGGUUUUGGCCUUAUUUGCAGAAUCUUCAAGAAAAGAAUUAAGGGAAAUCAAAAAAGUGGGUUGUCUGUAUAGUUAUUUUACCUCAACGCAGCUUUGGACUGUUUUAAACAGGUACACUAUACAUUAAUAAUGUUCAUAUCAAUAAAGAAAGGACAAACUGAAACAAAAAGACACUACACAGAAUAGUUGUACUUCAAAUAUCAAAAUCCAUCUUGGAAUAUUUCUCCAUUUUACACGUUUCUAGACACAUUUUACUGAAUUACUCUGCAUUAACGGAGAAGCACAGUCUGUUUUGCCAAAGGGUUUCAAACAUGUACGGAUGCGAAGUAAUUACAAAUUGUGAUAAGCUAAUUGAUGGGCAGAUAAAAAUGAGGGUUAAAGUGAAAAUGUCUAGAGACAAGAUGCAUCUCAUUUUGUAUUUUUGUAUAAACAUGUACAUAUGAUCUUUUUAAAAAUGAAAAAAGAGAAAAGAUACAAUUGUUUCAUUUUGUAAAAUGUUUUAAAAGUUUACAUUAAUUCCAAGCCUUUGUAUAUUUUUGAGCUGUGCGACUCUCUCGGUCCUUUUAUUUAUUUUUUAGUAAACAUUGUGGGAACUCCAUUGUAAAUUUGAACCAUUUCUUGCCAGCUCAAGUGACUGCUUAGUAACUGUGCAUAGAGAAAGCCAAUAAAUGUGACUGCAUUGAAAAAUAA